UCCAAAUGAGAUAGGAAAGCAAAACGGAGGCCAAACGAGCCCUAAUUAAAUGUGCCUUCUUUCGCUCUCCUUGGAGAUGGGGAGCUAAAUUCACCAAACUGCAAUAAGCGUGAUUCAAACUCUCUCUCUCUCUACUCAACGGAAAGCUCUUCGAAUCUCUCUCAGUCGGUAUUGACCCUCUCAUAUUUGUCAAAAUUCUUGCAGAAGCAUGGAAGGGAACAGGAGACCUUUCUUUAAGGAACGCCGCCCACAAUUUAAGAAGAAGGGAGGCAGCAAGAAAGGUAAAUGGCAUAAUUCUAGUCGCGAACAGUCUUUUGGAAAUUCUGAAGCUUCAGACACCGUUUAUCGGAUACUCUGUUACUCUAAGAGGAUUGGUAGUGUUAUUGGAAAAGGUGGAAACAGGGUUAAAGCUCUCAGAGAAGAAACCCAAGCAAAAAUUACGGUUUCUGAUUCUGUGGCGGGAUCAGAUGAGCGGGUGAUAAUCAUCCACAGUCCAUCUACAAAAAAGACCCAUGAAAAACAAAACACUGAUGAGGAUCAGAAUCCAGCCACAGAGAAUGAAGAUUAUCCGAUGGAGCCACACUGCCCUGCUCAAGAUGCUCUAUUGAAAGUUCAUGACAGAAUUGUUGAGGAGGACCUUGUUGGUGGAAUGGAAGAUGGAGAUGAAAAUGUGAUGGUCACGGCACGUCUUCUUGUUGCAAACAAUAUGGUCGGUUGCCUUCUAGGCAGAAAGGGAGAUGUCAUUCAGCGAUUGCGAAGUGAUACGGGUGCAGGUAUUCGUGUUCUUCCUGCAGAAAAUCUUCCUACGUGUGCUAUGAGCACAGACGAAUUGGUGCAGAUAUCUGGAAAACCAGCAAUUGUGAGGAGGGCCCUUUAUGAUGUUUCCACGCUCUUACAUCAGAAUCCUAAAAAGGACAAUCCUUCUAUGAGCUUUCCCUUGUCACAAGGGGGCCGAGGUUUUCAUCCUAUUGGUCCUCCCAUAGAUGAUAUGCCCCCUAGAGGAAAUCUGCAGUGGUCUCAGCGUCAUUAUGAUUCCCGUGAUAUGCCACCAAUGCCAUGGAUGGGGGGAUAUGGCGACCGGCCUUUUGAAUUUGGCCCAGAUAGGUUUGAUCGGGGUCCUCCUAUGCAUGGUGGGGAAGCUCCAAGUGAGUUCUCAAUGAAGAUUUUAUGCCCAGUAGGGAAAAUAGGUGGGGUCAUUGGUACGGGAGGCUCCAACGUAAAACAGUUAGAGACAGAGACGGGAGCUAGUGUUCAUGUUGGGGAUGCAUCAGCAGUGUUGGAUGAACGUGUGAUUCGAGUCUCUUCUUUAGAGGUUCUGUGGAACCCAAGAUCAGAAACUAUUGAUGCCAUUCUUCAGCUUCAAAAUAAAACAAGUGAAGUCUCUGAAAAAGGAAUUAUGACUACAAGACUUCUUGUUCCGUCAACUAAGGUUGGCUGCAUUCUUGGACAAGGAGGUAAUAUAAUUAAUGAGAUGAGAAGGAGAACCCAGGCGGAUAUCCGUGUUUUCUCCAAGGAAGAUAAGCCUAAAUCUGCAGCUGAUGAUGAGGAGCUUGUCCAGAUAUCAGGAAAAUUUGGUGUUGCAAAAGAUGCUCUGGUUGAGAUUGCAUCAAGACUUAGAGCAAGAUAUUUACGGGAUGGCAAUGCUGGAGCUGAACUGUCUCCUGUGAGGCCAGUUAAGGGAUUUGGGCCUGGAGGAAGUUUACAUAGUAGAGGGCCGGAUAUGUUUGGCCCAACAAGAACUGGCAGCUCUAGUGCGUAUGAAUAUGUAAAGGGUGGUGGUCGCGAAUAUGAAUUUUCUGGUUAUCCGGUUCCUCCAAGUGCUACUCGAUAUUCCGAUGUUAACAGCUCUAUGGAUGUGAAGAUGCCAUACAAUGCUGCUGUUGGAACAGGUGGGAGGAACAUGAGUGAGAUUGCUGGAACGAGGUUGAAGCUCCAAGAUCCUCGAUCCGGUGGCGCUGAAUGCAUCGUUGAUAUUCAUGGGUCUUCUGAUCAUUUGAAUGCCACCCAAAACAUCUACCAGGCCUUCGUUGCUUCUUCUGGACAAAACACCAAUCCUCCUCAAGAUCCGUACCGAAACUACUAUUCUCAGCAAAGCACCUAUCCACAGAACCACUACGUGAGCACCAAUCCACCACCGCAAGCGCCCUACGAGAACAUGAGUACUCAGCAACCCACGUACCAAAACAUGAGCUCACGACAAGCUCCCUACCAGCAUGUAGGCCCACAAGGUUCUUACCAGUACUGAGAUUAGAAUUGAAGGCGAUUUUUGUACCAUAAUUUGCUAGUGUUUCUUGAUUCGGUAAUGGUCAUGGCUUAUCUAUCAGAACUUUGACGGGAUGCGUUGAGGUAAUUAAUUACUACCAUUGAGCAGCAGAUCUACGACCACCCUCGUAGUUAAGCUUUUUCGCAACUGUCUAGCUUUCACAAUGCUGUGGACUUGAUAGUAUUUUCUGAUGUGCUGUCUGGGAAAAUCUUAAAUUCUCUUCGGUUUCUAAUGAAGGUGUUUCGAUUAUCUGGUAA